GUCACGUCCAGACUGUGCAGCAGGUGUGGGACAGCGCCUUCCACCUGGCGGAGCUGUCGCAGCGGCAGCGGCACACCCCCCCGCAGCAGCUGUCGGGGCGGACAGGCAGCUACAUGUACAUGGCCCCCGAGGUAUACCGGCAGGAGCAGUACAACGAGAAGGUCGACGUGUUCAGCUUCGGAGUCAUCCUGUUCGAGUUACUGAGUCGCUAUCAGACGGUAUGCGCCAUCAGCCUGGCCGGCACGCAGGAGGAGAUUGAGAGCUACGCGGCCCGGGUGGCUCAGGGCUACCGGCCGCCCCUGCCGCAGCGCUGGCCGGAGCCGGUGAAGCAGCUGCUGGCGGGGUGCUGGCACCAGGACCCGGCCCAGCGACCCAGCAUGGGCGAGGUCAAGGCCGAGCUGCAGCGGCAGCAGCGCGAGGGGGUGCCGCAGCAGAUGCAGGAGCUGUGCCAGCCGCCACCCGCAUGCGGCUGCGUGGUAAGCUAGGCAGCCUGGCCAGCACUGUUGAUUGCCGGUUGCAGUACCUGUUGCAUCGCGAUGCCUGCAUUUGGGGAUUAUGCUGCUGUCUUCUACGGUACCGGAACUAGGUACCGGUGACACUCUCACCUACCAGGACCUGCAGAUGAUGGGCCAUGCUGACGUGCAGCAGCAGCAGCAGCAGCCGCAGCUGGGUAUGCUGGUCCACGCAACAGCAGAAGGCAUGCGUGUGCGUGCGUGGCUGUAUGUGUUAAAAGAAAUCUGGCAUUGUGUGAAUGUGUUAGUGUGUAUCAACUGACGAGCUCAAGUUAACAAAUGUGCUGUUAUUAAUAAUACUGUGUGCGGUGUGCAAGUGUGGGUUCCAGGUUUGCUAGCAUGCUGGGCGGGUGGCAGCGGGUUGGCUGCAGCCUCCAGCAGCGCGGGUGGCCUGGUCUGCCUGCGGGCUGGCCAGGGCGCUUGCCUAGUUGCCUUGCUGGCAUGGCGUGAGGCUUUCCGUGUGGCUUUUCGACUGUCUGACCCCACCCGUCCCACGAGCUAAUGUUUCAGACUGCCUGCAUGCGGUAUGUUGGUGCCGCGUCCGGUGAUCGGUAGCUGCUUAAUAAGGGGUAUACAUACGCAUAGCGGGGACCACCAUGAAUAAGGUGUUUAGAUGUCAAGUAUUGGUUAAGCCUAUUUCACAAGUUGAGAUUCCUGAUUAGGACCAACUGCUGCUACCUGCACGCUUACUAUGGUACCGUUUACUACAAUUAUUGUUGUUGCCCGGAUGGGAAGAGGGCUUUGGGACUGAACUGACGGAGUACAGCUCUUACGGUAUCAGGUCCGGCUGCGAUGGCCUGAGUUACGCUUAGCGGUAUGCUAUAUAUGUACGAGCAAUACCCUCCGUACUAACCAGCUGGCUACGAACUAUCAUAUGAGGUUAUGAACUUGUGAUGACGGCGGCCCUCCUCUCGGCGGCUGCAUGAGCGCUAUGCACCCUUGUAAGCUGCUCUAUCUCUG